UCAUUUGGCGGUACGAUGUAGGACGAAAGCGGUAGUUGUCUUGUGGUACAGACUCGGGUUAUGAACUCAAUCCAAACACAGGCAGUGUAGAUCAGAAAGGAGAUCGGAUUCGCUUGUUGUUUUUUUUCUUUUCUUUUCUCCAAUGAAUUCUAAGCUAUAUUGAUGUACACCUCGGGUGUCAAGGUUAGCUGGUUAAUUUCGUUAUCUAGUUAGUUGGGUAAAGUCCACCCGUCCCUGCCUCGACUUCCAGUGUUGUUGUUUAGCAGCAGCGCCGACAUUAAUAACACCUGAACACUCAAAAUAGCCAAUAACACACAAACAUGAGCGCUUUAUUACUACGCUCGCCCUGGUGACGACGUCACGCCGCCGAGGUCCGCGCGACGCCUGAGUCAUGAACUCGGUCACCCCCAGCUCCGCCCAGUACGCCAGGGGCGGUGCGCUUCACAACGACUUCGUGGACGGGAGGAGACUGCCGCCCCCUUCCUCGCCGCGGGUCGCGGAGGCGAGGGGGCAUUUCAGUAACGGGUCGCUCGCCGACGGGCCGGGAGAGCCGGACGAGGUGGAUAAGCUGAAGCUGAAGCUGAUGUCGGCGUGGAACAACGUCAAAUACGGAUGGUCGGUCAAAAGCAAAACGCUCUUCAACAAAACGUCGCCGCUGAUCCUGAUGGGACAGUCCUACUUACUCGACAGUGAAGAGGAAGUGGAGCGUUUCCGGCUGGCGUUCGGCUCGCGAGUGUGGCUCACCUACAGGAAGGAGUUCCCUCAGCUGGAGGGCUCGAACCUGACGACGGACUGCGGCUGGGGCUGCAUGCUGCGCAGCGGACAGAUGCUGCUCGCCCAGGGGCUCAUGCUCCAUCGUCUACCUCGGCACUGGAGGUGGCCGGGGUGUCCUCAGCUGGCCGAUGUGGAUUUCGAGGUGCUCAGACCUCGCUCGCCGUCUCGUCCCGUGGGUAUCUCCAUCCCCUCCUUCAGCUCUACGUGGAGCACGUCGGGACCCGAGAAACGCCCGUCCUCCGCGACCGAGGUCCCGAAACGAGCCGAGCCGAGCCGGGACGCGCAGACCGAAGACCUCCACCGCAGGCUGGUGUCGUGGUUCGGGGACGUUCCGGCUGCGCCGUUCGGGGUUCACCGGCUGGUCGAGCUGGGCAAGGAUUUGGGGAAGAAGGCGGGAGACUGGUACGGGCCUUCGCUCGUCGCACACAUCCUGCGAAAAGCUGUGGAGAAAAGCGCGGAGCUGGACGAUCUGGACGAUCUGGUCGUGUACGUGGCUCAGGACUGUACAGUGUAUAAAGGGGACGUGACGCAGCUGUGCGAACAGAGCUCCUCUGACUCCGGUAGCUCCGGCUGGAAGUCCGUCAUCAUCCUGGUCCCGGUGCGACUGGGAGGAGAUUCGCUCAACCCGUCCUACACCGAGUGCGUCAAGAAUCUCCUGACGUUGGACUGCUGUAUCGGGAUCAUCGGCGGGAAACCCAAACACUCGCUCUUUUUCGUCGGCUUUCAAGACGAGCAGCUAUUGUAUUUAGACCCACACUACUGCCAGCUGGUAGUCGACGUCACACAAGGAGACUUCCCGCUGGAGUCCUUUCACUGUAACUCUCCCAGGAAGAUGAACUUUAAUCGCAUGGAUCCCAGCUGCACGCUGGGCUUCUACGCUCAGAGUAAAAAGGAUUUCGAGUCUCUGUGCUCAGCCGUUAGCGGGGCUUUGUCUGUGUCUAAAGAGCGAUACCCGAUCUUCACGUUUAUAGAGGGCAGGGGGCAGGACUACAGCCUGGAGGGGUACAGCGGCGGCAGCACAGACCCCAGCGCUCACAUCCUGCCCACUGACACCAUGAACAGAAACAGCUCUGAGGGCUUCGUGUUUCUGUGAGGACGCCAUCAUGUGGAGCACAGACCCGCUUCUGAACUCCAGCGGAACCUGGGGCGCGAUGGAGCGACACAAUGCACUGCAGACUUAGCCGUGUGUGUGUGUGUGUGUGUGUGUGUGUGUGUGUGUGUGUGUGUGUGUGUGUGUGUGUGUGUGUGUGGUGGGGGGAGGUCAUAGAAAAUUGAAUAGGUGUGUUGAAGGUUUUUAUUUUAGGUACAACCACUCACUAUACUUUAACUUUCUCUCUCUCACCUCUGUCCCACUUUCACUCUCUCUCUCUCUCUCUCUCUCUCUCUCUCUCUCUCUCUCUCUCUCUCUCUCUCUCUCUCUCCUCUAUCUCUCUCUUGUUCUCUCUCUCGUUCUUUCCUACAGCGCUCUCUCUCUCUCUUUCUCUCUUCUAUCUCUCUCUUCUUUCUCUCCUCUGUCUCUCACUUUCUUUCUCUCUCUCUUUCUCUCCCCAUCUCUCUCUCCUUCUUUCCCCCGUGUCUCUCUCUCUCUCUCUCUCUCUCUCUCUCUCUCUCUCUCUCUCCCUCCCACUAUAAGUUGUAGGCGCCUAAUCCGUGUGAUUCUGUUACCAUGACAACAACUCGUGAUUAAACUGAAUGUCGCAGUUACAUGUGGGAAUCACCGGACACCUCAUGAUUCAUAAUUCUGAAACGUUUAUGCGUCUUCCAUUCGUUUUCCACCCAGAACAAACAACUUAUUAAACCAAAUAAUAUCAUUAAAAACAAACAAACAAACCACGGAAUAACACUAGAAAUAAAGUUUGUCCCUCUGUAGUGUCGCCAUUUUGUGGGGGGUGGGGGGGGGGGGUAUCUUUCUCGCACAGUUGAAGGAUCAUUCGAAAGAGAAUCGUGAUUCGUGAUUCGAUCUUUUAUAAACACACAAACUUUGUGAAGGAAGCUGUAGUGAAGUCGGGUCGGGUCACCGGAAUAAUCCGCUACAGGAGAUUAAAGAAAAACAAAACCGAGCUUUCGCCUUCGUAUCAUCUCAUUGAUGGAAAAAUCCCGGACUACAACCUGUAAAAUCCUCUACGGCAGAUGUUCCGAUGUUCACGCUGUACGUUAGUGAGAAUCUACAUGAAUUCGUUACGCUUCCCGAAGCAGCACUACGUGGAGAUUCUGAGCGAAUCCCAAACCAAGGUGGUUGUUUGUUUGUUUUUGUUUUUUGAGAUCUCUGCUGUACUGGUUGUUUUGUUGUCUCUGUGAAAGGAAACGGGUUUAACUCGUGCUGUCACGAUGAGAACGAGCUGCUGCUGUCGUCGUGGUGUCUCGAACCUGGAUCCUGAUCAUCUCUCCGUAAACGCCACUGAUCCCAGUCUAAUCGACGAUUAAUGUCCGAGCUAUUUCGGAUUGGACUCGUUAUUCUCGUACGAAACUCUUUUCUAAAUCUCGACGCCGUGUAAGCGGUGCUCCUGAUCAUUCCUGGACGUUACUCUUCUUUUCCACAGUCUUCGCAGUUCAUCGUGAGGAUCACAGGAUUAUCGUCUGAUGAAAUGAAACACUGGAUUACGUUACUCUUUUUUUUUUUUUUUUUUUUUUUUUUUUUUUUUUUUUUUAAAAGCAUAGGAAAAAUAUUCAAUGUUGUUGAAUGUCGUUAAAUCUGGAAAUGCUACAACGUAUGUGCUGUUACUGUUUAAUUUAUGAAUUUUUUUUUUGUUUGUUUGUUUUGUUUUAUUGUGCUGCCUGAGAAUACACCUGCUGAAGUGCACCUUUACUGCUCAUCCCUGCUUCUUUGACUCUUAAACUUCUUCCUUGCGUGUUGGUUUUAAAAACGUUGUAAUCCUAAUUAACACUGGCCGAUACGACAAAGAUAUCGACGUAUUUUACUCAUAAUGCAGUUUCUUUCAGUGAAAUGUCACUGACUGGAUGUUAAACUCUAUUUUGCUACCAGUUAUUCCACCCACCCACCCCAUUUUUGUUAUUAAAAACUUUUAAGUAUU